AUGCCCUCCCAACCGGCGGUCGAUGAAGGCUGGGAUGCCCUACUGGGAUCCUUCUCCAACCUUCUCGGAGAGGUUGAUGAGGCCGGUGUGGCGACCCUGACCCUCAAUCGGCCCAAGCAGCUGAAUGCCCUGAACUCAGAGCUCAUGGGAGAGCUUGUCGCGGCCUGCCAAUACCUGGAUCGCAAGCACCCCUCCGCACGCGUCAUCAUUGUGACUGGGUCAGGCUCCAAGGCGUUCGCCGCCGGCGCCGACAUCAAGGAGAUGUCCAGCGUCACAUACAGCGAGGCGUACAACAAGGGCCUGCUGGACGGCUGGGAGACCCUGCGUACCAUCCGCAAGCCCAUCAUUGCCGCAGUGAACGGCUUUGCCCUGGGCGGAGGUUGCGAGCUGGCCAUGCUGGCUGACAUCAUCAUUGCCGCAGACUCAGCAUCUUUUGGCCAGCCGGAGAUCAACCUCGGGGUCCUGCCGGGAAUGGGGGGCACCCAGCGUUUGACCCGGGCCGUGGGCAAGAGCCGGGCCAUGGAGCUCGUGUUGACCGGGGACCGGCUGAGUGCGGCAGAGGCGGUCUCCCUGGGGCUGGCCAGCCGGGCCGUGCCUGCCGCGGAGCUAAUGGAAACCACGCAGAAGCUGGCGAGGCGCAUCGCAGCGGCCAGCCUGCCUGUGGCCGCAAAGGCCAAGGAGUGUGUGAACCAGGCGUACGAAAUGACGCUCGCAGAGGGCGUAAGAUUCGAGAAGCGGGAAUUCUGGAGCUGCUUUGCCUUGGCAGACCAGAAGGAGGGCAUGGCGGCGUUCAUCGAGAAGCGCACCCCAGUCUUUGGCGACUCUUGA